AUGAUUAAGCUUUUCAAUGUGCAAACCACGUUUCACAUCAUUGAGUUCAAAAUGAAUUGGCAGCAAGUUGGCUUCAUUCUCGCGCUUUGUUUCUACGGAUCUCGGGCCCUGGAAUGGCUGGAUGCGAACUGUGUUAAAAAACCAGUGGGAUUCUAUGAACAAGUAUAUGGAGGUCAAACUGCUGAUAUACGGUCGCAUCCAUGGAUGGUACAGAUACUUUUUAAUGGCCAACAUUUCUGUGGUGGCUCGCUGAUAAGCUCCCAAUUUGUUAUGACAGCAGCGCAUUGCCAAAUGCCAUUUGGUUUGAAAGUGCGUUUGGGUGGAUCUAAUAGGACGAAGACAAGAAAACUUUGCUCAAGCCACAAUUGUUCACCAGCAGGUGCGGAAAUCGAUGUGAAGGCGAUAUUUGUGCCUAAUUUGUACUGGGACUAUCAUAACUAUGACAUUGCCCUAUUUCAGCUGGCCGUGCCGGUCAAAUACAAUGCUCAAAUUAGACCGAUUUGUGUGAUGCAGUCCUUGGACGAGGACAAACUACGGCAAUUUUUGAGCUACGUCAGAACGUUUAUUGUAACCGGCUGGGGAAAAACGGAAAGAAAUCAAACGAGCGAGACACUGCAGUUGGCCAGCUUUUACCACCUCGAUCGCGGAUACUGUCUUCAAAUCUUCGACCGGGCAAUAGGCUGGCCACACAUUUGUGCUGGCCACUCGCAAUCCUCCACGUGCACCGGAGAUUCUGGGGGUCCGUUGAGCGCGGAGAUGACCUUCUCGGAAUGGAAACGCCCCAUUUUGUUCGGAGUAGUCAGUUAUGGGGCUCCAAAUUGUCGCGAAGCUACCGUUUUCACGAAUGUUUUGCAUUACAUUAACUGGAUCGGAGAUGUUGUCCGCAGAUUCACACCCAACUAUAAUAACUAAAUACAAAUUUUUAAUUGAAUAUGUACAUAUACGAGUAU